AUGGCGCGAGAAGUGAGAUCACCAUACCCAGCUGAUGCGAUAUUUGCUGUUCGUAAAGGGUUCAAAACGGGAGUUUAUAACGAUUAUCGAACCUUUCUUGCACAGACAGCUGAUUAUCCAGGAGGAAAAGAACUUUGGGCGGUAUUCACGGAUAGAGAACAUGCUCAGACGUAUGUCGACAGCGGGAUAUGUCCGGUUCCUCCGCUCGAUGAGAAGAAUGCACCCGGACCUGUCACAAUCCCUAGUAGCCUACCAACACCCGAUCCCUCUCCCGAUCAUGAAAACGCAUCUUCUCCUCUACAUGCCUAUCAUAAUGCCAAUUCAAGUGUCCAGUUGGGCCUGAGCGCGACCCAACCUCCUCCGGCCCCUCGUAAACCUCUAGUUGUUCAACCUGAAGAUAGCGACGGCGACACGGAGCCCGAAGAAGAUUUCAAACCUCCAAGCGCCAGCCUGCCCGCGCAAGGUGCCGCCCGGGCAUCUCAACUCCCUCCUCGGAGACCUUACAAGUCCGGGUCGAUUACUGAGGCGCUGAAACGCCACGCCUCUCUAAACAGCGGGAAUACUCCAAUCACACAGGUGGCAUCUCCUCCUAAACCCGAGGCACACGCUGCUCCAAGCCCAUUUCCUCUCACUGCACCUGUCCCAUCCGGCUCCAGGUCGACGCAACGCGUAUUCCCCAGCCCAUCGAAGGCGUCUGGUUCUGGGGAAGCCCCCGCACCUAAACCCACAUCUACUCUCGCUCCUACUCCUCGUUUCGCUCCUAUCUCGAUUCCUGCUCCCCCUCUCAUUCCCGAACUUCAAACUCGCCCUCGCCCUCGCGGAGAAUGA